UUUUGUGUGCUAGAACAAGGGCAGAGACGCUCCAGACGGGUUUUACAGACACAUAAGGGGUGGACAUUCAAUUCCUCCGCUCUGAUUGCCACAGAAUAGCUCUUUCUUUCAGCCAAAGCGGUGUCUUUUUUUUUUCCUCCGGGCAAACAGAAGAGCUGUUUGGUCACAGGAAUUCCAGGUCACAAGGAUUCCUCCGGCAAGCAUGACUUCACCUGUGACAGAUUCAUUUCCUCUCCAGGAAUGAGACCUGUGGCACUGACUUCAAGAGACACAGAAGACAGUAACAAGUACUUGUGUCAUUUUAAAGUUCAUUUUGGAUAUGAUGUGGUUGUUGUCAGUGGACCGGAGCGCCCUUCUGGUAGUGGCUGCUGUUUUUUUUGGGAUGUACCAGUUUGCUGAAGGGGGAUGCUCAGGAAGGUGCUGUCAAGGCACAGAUUUCACCUGUGUCACUACUGACUGGAGGAUGGACCGUGUUUAUGGGACAUGUUAUUGUGAUGAGAGGUGUUUAAAGACUAAAGACUGCUGCUUUGACUAUCCAACAGAAUGUCCAGCUCAGCCGUGUGUCGUGAGUGAGUGGAGUCACUGGAGUGGGUGCGCUCAGCCCUGUCAGCCCUCAUUCCGGGUCCGGAGACGUAGCGUUGAGAGACUGCCCCAAAACAGCGGACAGGCCUGUCCAAGGCUGGAGGAAAAGGCGGGAUGCAUGGAGUAUCAGGACCAUCAGGGACAGUUUUGUGCUUCUGCGCAAGGAGCAGCAUUUAUAACAACAAUGGAGUACAGCAAAGGCAGAACACAUGAUUUGUAUGGGGCCCCAAUGGAUGCUGGUUUCUGUAUGGAGUUCAAGAUGGAGUCUCUGACAGCGCAGUGCAUGGUGGAGAAUAGACCCUACACUCGCUGGAUGCAGUACUUGAGGGAGGGCUAUACUGUCUGUGUGGCCUGCCAACCUCCGGCAAUGAACAACCACAGUCAGAGCUGCCAAGGAGACGGUAACCUAGCUGGGAGGGAUGAUCUUCUUCACUGGCAGGCGGUGGGAAGCCCUCGAUGCAGAGGAACAUGGAAAAAAGUACAGAGACUACAGCACUGCUCCUGCCCACAAGUGCACAGCUUCCUUUUCAUUUAAACACACACAGGAUGCUUCAUCUUCCUUGUUAAAAUCCACAAAUUAACAGCAUGUCAUAUAAUUCAGAAACAAAACACCACACACGUUUACAUACAUUUAUUAAAAGCUGUUUAGUUUUUACA